AUGCCACAUCUAACAAAUUGUCAAAAAAGAUUUAAAAAGGCUUAUGAAGCCAAGGCACAUAAGUAUAGUGCUAGUGUUGACAAUUCUGAAACAGAAAGUUCUGAGGCUGAAAAUUCUGAAACAGAAAAUUCUGAAGAGUUUUCUUGUAAUGAAGCAGUUGAGAAUGAAAAUGCAGCAAGCAUUAUAGAGAGACUUCAUGUAGUAGCAAAAAAUUAUUAUGAUGAUGAUAGUGAUGAAACAAAUGAAUAUUAUCAGAAAUAUAAUUCUAACAAACCUCAUAAGCUAUUUUAUUUGGAAAAAUCAAUUCGCACUAAAAGAAGAAAAAGGCAGUUACAGUAUGAAGCAGCAAAAGGAACACCUAUGUUUAUUUGGUUUUACCUUCAACUUGUAAAACACAACUAUCAGAAAAUAGAAGCAAGUAAAGUAGUUGCUGAUGCAGCAAGAAAAAAAGUAUACCAUGCUAGAUGUAUUCAGCUUUCUCUGGAACGAAGAUAUUCUUCUUCAAGACUCAGAUUUGUACCAUCUCCAACUAUUUCUCUUAAUACUGCAAAAAAUUAUUUGAAAGAGCUUGGAUAUGUAUAUGAAAGAGUAAAAAAAGAUAUCUAUGUAUAUGGGCAUGAGAGAGAAGAUGUAGUAGCCUAUCGAAAAAUAUUUUUGGAUCGAAUGAAUGAAUUUGAACAAAGAAUGCCUAUGUUUUCAAGGGAUAAUAUGGAAAAGGAAACCUGGCCAGAUAAUAAUUAUUACAUUCCUGAAUUACGUGAGAAAGCUAAAGAUAUAAAACAAGUUCUAGAUAAUAGAGGAUUGUGGCCAGAAGAGAGAUUGAAGUUAAAAGAAGCACGAGAAUUAAUAAGUUAG